AUGUAUAUGAAGCUUGUAGUGGGACUAAAAGAUAUGGGCAGCACAUCUGAGUUGGCCUUCAUUAAAGAGCCACAUGAUAUCAUUGCUGUAAGGGACCGCCCCUUGAUGCUGGACUGUGAGGUGGAGGGAGAAGGCCCUAUUACCAUUACCUGGCGGAGGAACGGGGUACCUAUUCAAGUGGGUCCAAGAGUGGCCGUGUUAAGCAAUGGCAUGCUACUGAUCCGAAACUUCCAGAAACGACGUGAGAGCAACGAGACGGAUGCAGGAGAGUAUGACUGUGCUGCACAGAACCGCUAUGGCAUGCUGAUCAGCCGUAAGGCACGAGUACAAUUUGCAUCUCUACCAAAGUUUCACACUCACCCAGAGUCCAUGGUAGUAGAUGAAGGAGGGGUGGCACGCUUCCACUGCGCCAUUAAUGGGAUCCCUGAGGCUAGCAUCAUGUGGGAGAAGAACAGAACCACGCUCAUCACAGAUGAUGACAGGUAUACUCUCCUGCCCAAUGGCAUUCUGCAGGUCACUGGUGUGCGUCUUGCAGACAGUGGAGUGUAUCGUUGUGUAGCCAAAAAUAUUGCUAACACGCGUUAUAGCCAUGAGGCCCUGCUCACUGUCUCUGUGGCAACUCCUCGUACCUAUAAGGAACCAGUGAUUCUGUCAGGUCCUCAAAAUCUCACCAUCAACAUCCACCAGACUGCCAUCUUAGAGUGUAUUGCCACUGGCAACCCUAAACCAAUUGUUUCCUGGAGCAGGCUGGAUGGACGUUCUAUUGGAGUGGAUGGGAUACAGGUGCUGGGCACGGGUAAUCUUAUGAUCUCGGACGUUUCCCUGCAGCAUUCUGGAGUAUACGUGUGCUCAGCCAACAGACCUGGAAGCAGGAUGAGACGUACUGCGCUGGGUCUACUGGUGGUGCAAGCUCCACCAGAGUUCCUGCAGUGGCCGCAAUCUGUUUCUAAACCAGUAGGGGGCAGCGCAGUGUUUACCUGCCAGGCUCAGGGAGUCCCAGAGCCUCACCUCAUCUGGUUAAAAAAUGGCAAGGUCCUCACACCUGGAGACAAUGUCAAACUUACCAAUAACAACAGCACUCUGGCUGUGACCCGAAUCACUGAUGAGGAUGAAGCCAUCUAUCAGUGCAUAGCAGAGAACAGCGCUGGAACCAACCAGGCCAGUGCACGAUUAGCUGUGUCCCUGUCUCCUGAAAAUUCACUUCCGGAAGCUCCGCAGGACCUGAUGGCCACACCGCUUACACACACAUCCCUGCAGCUCAGUUGGAACCAGCCUGAAAGCCUUGUGACAGACAACAUCAUCGGCUACGUGCUGCACAUCCGCAUGCUUGGCGAGCCAGACAGUAAAGAGCUCCAGGAGGCUGUGAGUAAGGACACAUUCCAGCAUGAGUUUAAUAACCUGGAACCAGCAACCACUUAUUCCAUUUACCUCAAAGCUUACUCUCCUCUGGGGGCCAGCCAGAAGUCCAACACUGUCAUUGCCACAACACUAGGGGGCGUUCCCUCAAUGCCCAGUUUCUUCACAAAAGUUCUGAACAGCACGGCAGUGCAGAUUUAUUGGGAACUGCCCAGUAAAGCAGGGAAACUUGAGGGCUUUAAACUGUCGCUGCGUGUUGUGCCUCAGGAGCAGUUUGGUCCAGAGGAGUUGUUUCCUGGCCACAUCAACACACAAACCAUCUCACACCUCGAGCCAUCAGCUGUGUAUGAGAUCCAGCUUGUAGCGUUUAAUGGAAACGGAGACAGCAUUGGCAACAAGCGUCUCGUCUCACUGGCUGAGAGUGGAACUGGAGAAAAGAACAGUGCUGGAGGGCAGAGCUUGUGCAACUGCAGGCAGGAUGGAGAGAGCUCGGUAACUGGCAUUGUGGUUGGCAUCCACAUUGGAAUGGCCUGCAUCAUCUUCUGCGUGCUCUUCCUCAUGUUCGCAUACAGGCGCAGCUCAUUUUGUAGAAAGGGCACGCAGGAUGCCUGGAGAGUACCACAGAGCGGAGCAGCACCACUGGGAGACACUGUACCUAAAGAAGGAGUGAUACCCACCACUGAAGCUAUUGAGCUAAUGCCACAGCCUCAGAACUGCUCAGCAGAGAGACAGGCUGCAGGGGCACAAUGCCAGGUUCUCAUUGAGCAGCAGCCCAACUGCCAACAAGGCACAACAAUGAGCACAGGCACUGGCACAGGCUGAUAACCCCUUACACACUCUCUUCUACCCCUUACCCCCUAAAGCGCAAUGCUUGGCCACUCCAUGACACUCUAUUCACCAAAGCCUUAUUACAACCUGCCCUUGCUUGAGCAGUCAGUAACACCAUCACUCUCACACACACAAACACACUGAGUC